AUGGGGUGCGGUGUUUCACGUCCGUUCGACGGGAACGGGCUGGUGUUGCCGGCGAAGCUCCGCCCGAUAUUCGUCCACCGGCUAGAGGAGAUUAAGAUGCGCCGCCACGCUGGCCAGUACCCGCCCCUCAAGGACACCGCCUCCACCCCUUCCAAGAAAGAGUUGCUUUUGCACGACCCUCACGAAUUAGAGGACGAACACAAAAGCGCGCCUUCUUCCUCCAAUACGUCAAAAAGCGUAUCUCACCCUCACUCCCACCAUCACGUAAUUCACAGCAAGGGAAAAGAAGAGGCGGCGGCAAUUAGUUCUGAUAAGCACAAAAACGUUAACGACGAUGAUGAUGAAAAUGACAAGAAGAAGAAGGGCAAUGUUGCGAUUACUCACGGUGUUAAGGGUAAAGAUGAUGAGGAUAUGUUAACGGAUACGGAUGAUGAUAAUGAUGAUGAUGAUGACGAGGAUGAUGACGAGGACGACGAGAGAAGGAUUGGCCGUGGUGACUUUCCGGGCUCCCCGAGCUUUCGGGGGUAUAUUAAGGAAGAUGGAGGAGAUAAAAAGAUUGAUAUAGGUAAGAAGAAUGCCUUGAAAGAUACAAUCCCCAAAGACGACACCGUAUUAUCAAAGGAGUCUUCCGAGAAUAAGAAAGUGAAGAGAGGGAAAAAGAAGAAGAGUUUUCGAAGAAGGGUGUUGCCAAAGGGAGGACAAGCCGCCGUGAAGAAUCUAUUCAACGCCGCCACAUGUUACACUCCACCACCUUCUGCCGCCCACGACCACCACGCCCAUCUUCUCACCGGAAAACCAAAUGCUUGA